AUGGCGCGACGAAUGUUUUUCCUCAAGAUUCCUCCUAGAGUGGAAGAAUAUGCAUUCGUGGAUUGCAAAAUUUUGUGCAUGCCGACAUGCUUUGUUGUUUGGGAUGCAUCCAAGUUAUGUGUGUCGGCUGGAAUACCCGAGGGGGUGGUUAUGGAGUUUUUAUUCCAUCGUAGACCGAGAGUUUCAUUUAAGGUUUUUGCUACUCGGGAGGAGCUUUUGGAUUGGGCUAAGAAUGUAGGAAAGCAACAUGGCUUUGUGAUCAUAAUUAGAAGGUCUGAUUGUGGGAGCAAGGGUCGUGGGAGUAAAGGCAGACAGGUGGCUACUUUGGUGUGCGAGAUGAGUGGAAAGUACAAACCAUACAAGCCUGUGUUGGUGCGGAAGGGGACAGGAACCAAGAAAUGUGAUUGUCCGUUCAGGCUCAAGGCGAGAUACACAUCAGAAGAUGGUUUGUGGAGGUUGACUGUAGUACGUGGCGACCACAACCAUCAGCCAGCCGAGACUCUGGUUGGCCAUGCCUAUGUCGGUCGCCUUACAAGUCAAGAAAAGGAUAUGGUUGCUAAAAUGGUUGACAAUAGAGUGAAGCCAGGUAACAUGUUGCUUGCAUUGAAGGAUGCCAACCCUCAGAAUGUGACUACCAUAAGGCAAGUGUACAAUGAGCGGAUGGCACACAUUAGGGCCAAGAGGGGACAGUUGUCAGAGAUGCAGCACUUGAUGAGGUUGUUGGAGGAAGACAGGUACACGCACUGGUCCAGAACUGAAGAGGGUUCCACGGUGAUCCGGUCCUUAUUCUGGGCCCAUCCAGUUUCCAUCCAACUAUUCAACCAAUUUCCUACUGUUGUCUUGCUUGAUAGCACGUACAAGACCAACAAGUAUAUGAUACCAUUGUUGGAGAUGGUUGGCAUGACAUCAGUUGGAUUCACAUACACAAUCAGUUUUGGCUACAUGUGCAAUGAACGUGAACCUGAAGUUACAUGGGCACUUGAAAAACUAAGGGGGUUGCUACUUAAAGAAGAGGACAUGCCUAAAGUCAUGGUUACUGACAAAGACACUGCUUUGAUGACGUAG